GGAUGUUGUGAGGAUCCGCGGUGGUUUGCCCCAGCUUCCUUUGGCCUCCUCAGGGCAGGCUGCACUCCUCUUCGGGAGUUGUAGUUCUCUUCUCUGCCGCCGCCGGGCCUGAGGCGCGGGGUGGACUACAAGUCCCGGCAUGCGCUGGGGCACCUCGCCAGCCGCCGCCUCCCGGCUGCGGACGCCUCCUAGCAGGUUGUUGUUUUUAUGAGAGGCGUCACUGGCGCCCGAAGCCGUGACAGCCGCCACAGUGACAGCCGGCUGCGUCUGGUGGAGGUGGCGCUGCCGCGUCAGACCUGAAAAAUGUCUGAAAAUUCCAGUGACAGUGAUUCAUCUUGUGGUUGGACUGUCAUCAAUCAUGAGGGGUCUGAUGUAGAGAUGGUGAAUUCUGUCACAACCAGUGACAGCUGUGAGCUCACCCCAGAAUGUUCAUCUUUAGAACAAGAGGAGGAUGUUCAAGUACUGCAGAUAGAGCAGGAAGAAAGCAGCCAAAAUAGCACAUUGUUAAUGGAAGGAACUGCUUAUCCAACUUUGGAAGAAACCACGUCAGCAUUUGAGGUAGAAGAAGAGAGGUCCCCUGAAGAUAAUGUCUAUUUUGGAACUGCCAGUGAUGAUUCUGAUAUUGUUACCCUUGAACCUCCUAAGUUAGAAGAAUUUGGAAAUCAAGAAGUUACAAUUGUUAAAGAAGCACAGAGUUCAGAAGAUUUUAACAUGGGCUCUUCCUCAAGCAGCCAGUAUACAUUCUGCCAACCAGAAACUGUAUUUUCAUCUCAGCCUAGUGAUGGUGAAUCAAGUAGUGAUGAAACCAGUAAUCAACCUAGUCCUGCCUUUAGACGACGCCGAGCUAGGAAGAAGACUAUUUCCACUUCAGAAUCUGAGGAACGAUUGCCUGCUGAACAGGAAAAUGAACCUUCUAAGGAGUUGAGUAAACGCCAGUUCAGUAGUGGUCUCAAUAAGUGUGUUGUACUUGCUUUGGUGAUUGCAGUCAGCAUGGGAUUUGGACAUUUCUAUGGCACAAUUCAGAUUCAGAAACACCAAGAAUUAGUCAGAAAGAUACACGAAGAUGAACUGAAUGAUAUGAAGGAUUAUCUUUCUCAAUGCCAAAAGAAACAAGGACCUUUUAUAGAUUCUAAGUCAUUGAAAGAAAACCUUGCAAGGUGUUGGACUCUUACUGAAUCAGAGAAGAUAUCCUUUGAUACUCAGAAAAAGAAUCUUGCUACAGAAAAUCAGUAUUUAAGAAUAUCUCUGGAGAAGGAAGAGAAAGCCAUAUCUGCAUUACAGGAAGAGUUAAUGAAGUUAAGAGAACAGAUUAGAAUAUUGGAAGACAAAGGAAGAAAUACUGAAUUAGUUACAGAAAAUCAGAAACUUAAGCAGCAUUUAGAAGAGGAAAAACAGAAAGUGCACAGCUUCCUUAGUCAAAGGGAGACUCUGUUGGCAGAAACUAAGAUGCUAAAGAGAGAACUGGAGAGAGAACGACUGAUAGCAAUGACUUUAAGGGUGGAACUUCAGCAGUUAAGCACGAGUCAGUCACAAGACAACUUAGAUUCUCCCAAUAUAUUGACUGAAAAAAAGGAAAUAGCAGUCUUACAGGAAAGACUCACUGAGCUGGAGCAGAAACUAAACUUUGAACAGCAGCGUUCUGAUUUGUGGGAAAGACUGUAUGUUGAGGCAAAAGAUCAGAAUGGAAAACAAGAAACUGAUGGAAAAAAGAAAGGUAGCAGAGGAAACCAUAGGGCUAAGAAUAAGUCAAAAGAAACAUUUUUGGGAACGGUUAAGGAAACAUUCGAUGCCAUGAAGAAUUCUACCAAGGAGUUUGUGAGGCAUCAUAAAGAAAAAAUUAAGCAGGCUAAAGAAGCUGUGAAGGAAAAUCUGAAAAAGUUUUCAGAUUCAGUUAAAUCCACUUUCCGACAUUUCAAAGAUACCACCAAGAAUAUCUUUGAUGAAAAGGGCAACAAAAGAUUUAGUGCUCCAAGAGAAGAAACAGCGGAAAAACCAAGAACAGUUUUUCGUGACUGUUUACAUCCACAGAAUAAGGCACCUAUGCAAGACCAGAAUCGUGGAGGCCCUACUCUGCAAAGGGAAGGAAGGAAAGAGAAGCCAACUCACUUUGAAGAAUUUAGAAAAAAUACAAAUUUACAGAAGUGCAGUGCUGAGCAUGAUGACUGUAGGGGAAGUUAUCUCAGAAAGGCUUGUUCUGGUAUAUUUGAAUAUGCUCAACAAGAAUCCGUUAAUCCUUUUAAGGUAAUGAUGAAUCCUGUAAGGAUUGAUGAAUUUAGACAGUUAAUUGAAAGAUACUUAUUAAAAGAAUUGGAUGCUUUUCAUCAUUGGAAAGAACUAGAUCAAUUCAUCAACAAGUUUUUCCUAAAUGGUGUCUUUAUCCAUGAUCAGAAGCUUUUCACGGACUUUGUUAAUGAUGUUAAGGAUUAUCUUAAAGACAUGAAGGAAUAUCAAGUAGAUAAUGAAGGAGUGUUUGAGAAGCUGGAUGGAUAUAUAUAUAGACACUUCUUUGGUCACACUUUUCCCCCUCCAUAUGGACCCAGUCGACCUGAUAGAAAGCAACGUAUGGUAAAUAUUGAAAACUCCAGGCAUCGAAAACAAGAGCAGAAGCACCUUCAACCACAGCCUUAUAAAAGGGAAGGUAAAUGGCAUAAAUAUGGUCGCACUAAUGGAAGACACAUGGCAAAUCUUGAAAUAGAAUUGGGGCAAUUACCUUUUGAUCCUAAAUACUGAUUCAUGAUUAAGUUAAAUUAGAAAAUUAAGAGAGACAUGGAUGGUUUCUACAAUAUCUGGUGUUUAAACUAAGAUCAAAUUAUCAAGAUGACAGUGUCUGUCUUUCAUUUUUAAAAGUUCAGUUUGGUCGCUUUGUAUUUAUAUUAUUACACAGAAGCAUCAAUCAACAGCUUACUAACCUGCAUAUUCCAGUAGUUUAGCUUUGUUGAACGUUUUUUCCUCUUUUUUUUGCACUGGAAAAAAGUUUCAUUAAAGAAACCAGGCACGCAACAGAUUUUGUGCAUGAAAUGAGACUUCCUAGCAGUGUAUGAGCUUAAAGCAAGCUCGUCUCAUAUGUGACAAAGUGUGAUUAACACUGAUUGUGUUAGAGUUUUGCAGUAAUAGAAAGUACAUUGUGAUGGGAUUUCAUCUCUUAACAUUUUAUAAUCUUACACUUCUUGUCUUUUUGUGGGUUCAAGAGCCUGUUCACUUGUGAAGAAUUUGCUGCCCUCUUAAGAGCUUGCUGACUUGUUCUCUUGUGAAAUUUCGUGCACAUCUGAAUAUUAUGGAAGAAAUAAUAAAACUACACCAUGAGGAAAACUAAAGGUCUUUAUUUAAAAUCUGGCAUUGCAUUAAUAUGUGAUUUCUUAUUCUGUGAUAUUUUAUACAAUUUCUCAGUAGUGAUAUUUGGUAAAGCAAUCCACAGUGGCUUUUUGCAAAUUCCAGGAGUUAAACUUGGUGUUGACUAAAGUGUCUAGCAGCACCUGAAUAUUUCUACCCAGAAAUGUCAGUUUCUCUGGAGAAGCUGUAAACACAAUUUAGAAUUUCAUCUUCUGUUGAUUUCCCCAUUUAAGUUUUCUUUCAUAGACAUAUAUGUGACUUCCAGUUCGACCCUCCGGCAAGUGAGUGUGGAAGAAAACAGCAGUUCUCUCAUAAUUUCUUGAAAUUAGGAAAGUACUUAUUUCCUAGAAGUAAAUAAAUGUUUAAGUAAAUAAAGGCUA